AUGGUUCAAGAAAAAAAGAUCGUUGAUCAAGUAUCGGGAUGGUUAACCGUCUUCGAUGAUGGCUCAGUCGAUAGGACAUGGACAGGACCACCUGAGGUCAAGUUCAUGGCAGAUCCUGUACUGCCUCACGAUAACUUCGUAGAUGGAAUUGCAGUCAAAGACAUUAAUGAUGCAGAUUCGGGCCUAAAAGUACGAAUUUAUCUACCCGAAAAGAACGUCGAGGACUUGGACAAACUUCCUAUAUUACUUCACUUUCAUGGUGGUGGAUUUUGCAUUAGCCAGGCUGAUUGGUACAUGUACUACGCUGUUUACAGCCGCCUGGCUUGUAAAACUCGAGCCAUAGUUGUUUCUGUCUACCUUCGUCGUGCACCAGAGCACCGCCUCCCUGCCGCCUGUGAUGAUGGGUUCGCUGCACUCCUCUGGCUUCGCUCUUUAGCACAAGGCAAGGCCGACGAGCCCUGGCUCAAUGACCAUGCAGAUUUUGGACGCGUUUUCUUAACAGGAGACAGCUCCGGUGGCAACGUAGUACACCAGGUGGCGGCGCGUGCUGGAGAUGAAAACUUGAGUCCUCUUAAACUGGUUGGCGCGAUUCCAAUCCACCCCGGUUUCGUACGUUCACAGCGGAGCAAAUCGGAGAUGGAGCAACCAGAAUCACCCUUUCUAACUCUCGACAUGGUGGACAAGUUUUUAAACCUGGCUUUGCCUAUUGGAAGCAACAAGGAUCACCCCAUAACUUGCCCAAUGGGGGAGGCGGCGCCGCCGCUACAGGACCUGAAUCUGCCGCCAUAUCUCUACUGCGUGGCGGGGCAGGAUUUGAUCCAGGACACUGAAAUGGAAUUCUACGAGGCCAUGAAAAGGGCUAACAAAGAAGUGGAACUGCUGAUCAAUCACGGAGUAGGGCAUAGCUUUUAUUUGAACAAAAUUGCUGUUGACAUGGAUCCAAAUACAGCAAAAGAAACAGAAAUUUUGUUUGCAGGGAUCAAAGAAUUUAUGCACAAGCACUGA